AUAAAAUAAUUACAUGAGAUAAGAUUAAGGUAUUAUAAAAGAUAAUAUUUGGAGGUUAAAGUUAACCUAACUUGUCAACUACUAAAAAUUGUUGAGUUUUUGUUCACUACAUUCCAUUAAUUAUAUCAUUACAAUGGAUUCUGAUAUAGAAAUUCUCAGAAAAGAAAUUGUACUUUUAAAAGAGGAAUUGUCACGCAAAGAAGAUUUACUAUUUAAACUUGUAAAUAAAAGUGUAGGUGGAAACAUUUAUUCUCCAUAUUUUUCCUCAGACGAAAUUACUAGAUAUAGUAGGCAAAUAAUUAUGCCCGAUUUUAAUAUAGAAGGCCAGUGUUCACUUAAAAGCAGUAGAGCCUUGAUAGUUGGAGUUGGUGGUCUGGGUUGUCCUGCAGCUUUGUAUUUGGCAGCUGCUGGAAUAGGGAAUCUUACAUUAUUGGAUUAUGAUACUGUGGAACUGACAAACUUGCAUCGUCAGGUUUUGCACUAUGAAUGCGAUAUAGGUGUGCCUAAAGUGGAAUCUGCCUAUAAGAAACUAAAAAGCAUAAAUCAUAACAUUAAUAUUGAACCAAUUAAUUUACAUGUUAAUAGUAUGACAAUUGAAGAAUUACUGAAAAAAAAUAAAUUUGAUGUUGUGUUGGAUUGCACUGAUAAUGUGACCACAAGGUAUCUUCUCAAUGACAUAUGUGUUCUAUACAAGAUUCCUUUGGUGUCAGGUAGUGCAUUGCAAUUUGAGGGACAAUUAACAGUUUAUAAUUAUAAAAAUGGGCCAUGUUAUAGAUGCCUAUUUCCAGUACCACCACCACCAGAUAGUGUUACAAGUUGUGGAGAUGGUGGUGUCCUGGGUGCAGUGCCUGGUACUAUAGGAGUAUUACAGGCUCUUGAAGCAAUCAAAGUAAUACAGAAUUCAUCAGGAGUUUUAUCAGCUAGAUUGUUACUAUUUGAUGGCUCAACUACUACAUUCCGGAAUGUGAAAUUAAGAGGAAGAAGCAAAGUAUGUGCAGUUUGUGGUGAUGACCCUACUGUUACAUCACUGAUAGAUUAUGAGCAGUUUUGUGGAUCAAGUGCUCAUGACAAAGUGAACAACAUUCAUAUUCUACAACAGAAUCAAAAUAUAGAUUUUAGAUCAUUAUCAUUGCUAAAGGAUCAGUUAAUUUUGGAUGUUAGGCCUGAAAUUGAAUAUAACAUGUGCAAGUUACCAAAUACACACAAUAUACCAUAUUCAGAUUUGUUAAAAGGAAAAAAUUUGGAACAAGUAGAGGCAUUACUCAAAAAUGCAAGGAACAAUGUUUAUGUUUUAUGUCGACGUGGGAACGACUCCCAAAGGGCCAUAGUUUUAUUAAAGGAAAAAUUUGGGGAUUUUCCAUUGAACUUUAUAAAUGUCUCUGGAGGACUUCAUUCAUAUUCAAAACAUAUUGAUUCAGGAUUUCCUGUCUACUAGUGUACAUUACAGUUACAUUUUUUCAAUAUAAAAUAUUUUAUACUUUUACUUA